AUGAUAAAGUCAGGAUACAGCCAAGAGCAACUUGAUCAAUUUUUUGACCAUGUUGACUUACCCCAGCAUUUACGAGGUCAACCACCUUCCUUGACUCUGCUAGAGGCUCUUCACAUUCAUACUCUAUCUACACUCCCGUAUGAGAACUUGUCCAUCCACUAUAGCCCCUCCCACCGGGUAGAUCUGAACCCUCAACACUUGUUUCAGAAGAUAAUUAUCCAGGGCCGAGGAAGGGGAGGUUUCUGCAUGGAAAUUGCCAUCUUGUAUAACCACAUUCUGCGUGCAAUCGGAUUCGAUGCUUAUACUGCGGGAGUUCGAACUCGCGGGCGACUCCAAGGAGUUCCACAAGGGGAUUACCCUGGAUGGAAUCACAUCGUCAACAUCGUCACAUUCCCCGACGGCAAGAAGUACCACACAGACGUCGCAUUUGGUGGCGAUGGUGCCACGGCUCCAAUGCCUCUUGUCAGUGGGCUUGUUCAUCGAAAUAUGGGAACGCAACAGAUCCGUCUGGUGCACAGGUCUGAGGAAUCGAAGGUGUGGAUCUACCAGUAUCGCAAUCAGGAAGAUGCGGAAUGGAACUCCUUUUAUUCAUUCCCAGGGAUCGAGUUCAUGGAUCUUGACUGGGGCGUGGUCAACUGGUGGAUCAACACUCACCCUACGAGUCACCAACGUGUUAACGUAUUGGUGAUCAAGUUCUUGAGAAGACCCAAGGAAGCCAAGGAGGAUGAAAGCGACGGACUUCAAGAAAUCUACGGGAAGCGAAUGUUGGUAAACGGUGUUGUUAAGGAAAAUCUGGGAGGAAAGACACGGGUGGUUGAGGAGCUCAAGAGCGAGGACGAACGGCUUGAAGCUUUGGAAAGAUACUUUGGGAUUACCUUGUCCGGAGAGGAGAAGGAAGGUAUCCGGGGCUACGUCUCGGACUUGCAGUAG